AGCAUGUAAGUAUGCACUGAUCUCUCUACACUGACUGCACUGCAUACUGAUAGGGUUAGGAUUCUGAUGAGUAGUUUGACUGUAAGAGCCUCCAGCAGCAGCACACAUGUGGACAGGACUAAAGACAGCACUAGGAGUGAUGUGGUAUCAGGGGUGAUAGUGUUGGACAUGCGCAAGCUCUCCCCCACAGUGAAGGGGUUCACUCUGCAGGUGGAGGACAACUCACUGAGCUUCAAGUGUGGACAGUGGGUGGACCUGUCCAUUCCCAGUGAGGAUGUUGUCGGUGGCUACUCAUUCACAUCUCCUCCGCACCAGCUGAAAGAGCAGGGAACCGUCACGUUGGCCAUUCAGACCUCCGACCACCCCCCUACACUAUGGAUGAACAACAAGUGUAAAAUGGGUGACAGACUCUUGAUCAGAGUAGGUGGGGACUUCACAUAUGACCCUCCUUCCAACUCCCCUGCCGACAUACUACUAAUUGGUGGGGGCGUUGGAAUAAAUCCUCUAUUCGCAAUGCUGCAACAUCAUACCUACCUACAGCAAGCAAUGGCUCGAACGUUAGAACAGAGAGGUCGUGCUCACCUCCUGUACUCUGCUCGGAGCAGGGAAGAGCUUCUCUUCAAGGAUCAUAUUGAUGGGUUGGUAGUGCAUUCCAGUGGACUAAUCAAAGCGAAUUAUUUUGUGACAAGAGAAGAGUACAGUGGUCCUCACAUCAGAGCUAGACGGAUGGUUGAAGGUGAUGUACGAGCAGCUCUCUCACUAUUGGACACCUCAAGGCUCCAGUGCUACGUGUGUGGACCACCCCUCAUGACAGAGAGUGUCUUAGCACUACUGAUCUCUUGUGGAGUGGACAGGCAUAGAGUAUUCUACGAGAAGUGGUGGUAACUGUUAAUACUUUUUGCAGUCUUGCUGUCUUUUCACAUUGAUUGUCAAUUUUAAUUUAUCUGUCCAAUCAUAAUUUGUGUGUACAGUCAUGUGGAGACAAUCAAAAGAGAGUGUUGCCUCAACUGUUGAGUUUUUUUUUGCUUCUUGAUAUUGAAUUUCAUUUCUGAGG